CUUGGCAAGCCUGUGGAGCUUGCUGGGACGUACUACAAUGAUGGGGCUGAUGAGGUCAGUUUUUUGAAUAUAACAGGAUUCCGCGACUUUCCUUUAGGUGACUUGCCAAUGUUGCAGGUUCUACGAUAUGCUUCAGAAAAUGUUUUUGUCCCAUUAACAGUUGGUGGUGGGAUAAGAGAUUUUACUGAUGCAAAUGGCAGGCACUAUUCUAGCUUGGAAGUUGCUUCAGAAUAUUUCAGAUCUGGGGCUGAUAAGAUUUCUAUUGGAAGUGAUGCAGUCUAUGCUGCAGAAGAAUACUUGAAAACAGGAGUAAAGACUGGAAAGAGCAGCUUGGAACAAAUAUCUAGAGUUUAUGGAAACCAGGCAGUGGUUGUAAGCAUUGAUCCACGGAGGGUUUAUAUCAGUAGCCCUAAUGAUGUGGAGUUCAAGUCCAUAAGGAUGACAAACCCAGGUCCAAAUGGGGAAGAAUAUGUGUGGUAUCAGUGUACGGUUAAUGGUGGGCGAGAAGGUCGGCCCAUUGGAGCUUAUGAGCUUGCUAGAGCUGUUGAAGAGCUAGGAGCUGGAGAAAUACUCUUAAACUGCAUUGAUUGUGAUGGUCAAGGGAAAGGAUUUGAUAUAGAUUUAAUAAAGUUGAUCUCAGAUGCAGUUAGCAUCCCUGUAAUUGCAAGUAGUGGGGCAGGUGCUGCAGAGCACUUCUCUGAGGUGUUUACAAAAACAAAUGCAUCUGCAGCCCUUGCUGCUGGUAUUUUCCAUCGAAAGGAGGUCCCUGUUCAAUCAGUAAAAGAGCACUUGUUGAAGGAAGGCAUAGAAGUCAGGAUCUAAUAAUACAGCCAGUGGCAUAGAACUCCGACAAUGUUGGCCACACCAAUCUGAAAUUCAUCCUCUUGGAGUUGAGAAUUGGAUUGGAGCUGUACAUCUUUUUCUUUGCAGCUUUCAGAAUUAUUGGAUUUAACUUAAACAGUGUAUCAAUAAUUUAUUUUCGGCAUGACUAAAAUUCUUGCUGCAUUUUGUUUGAUAUGGGUAACUGUUUUACCACUGCGUUGCAGCACAGUGCGGUGCAGGCCCCUUUUCAACCCAAAAAAAGGACUUUCUGGUA